CCUAUUUCGCGAUAUAGUUUUUAAAAUAAAAUAAGGGUUAAUACUUCGAAAAUUCAUGCAUUAAUAUAUUGGAUUUUAAAUAAAUUAAAUCAUAUUAACAUUUUAUAAUUCAAAAAGUGCAAUCCUUAAAAUAAAUAUAAUGAGGCAGGACAAGGCACUUAGCAUGUAAAGAGAUCAAUACAUCAGAUACAUGCAUGCAUGUAGGUACUAGUACUAACUGUAUUUUAAUAUUAUAGGCAGGCACGCUACCAUUACUACUCUAAGUCCCAGGCUACAUCUCCCAAUUUACCUUCUCAACCGAUAUUAAUACCGCCACACUUUCCCAACAUCCAACACCCUACAUCCAACAUCCUACAUUCUUCGUAAAUCCAGAUGUAUCGGCAUCCUUGGAACCGUCAGGAAGACGCUCGUCGAAGGGCGGCCGCGGAGGCGGGUCGCCAACGAGCAGCCGCGGAACGCCCCGUUCGGCCCCUCAUCAAUUCUUCUAGGUCCAUCUCAGACGUGCCGACAAAUGGAUUGGGCCAGUUAGCAAUUCUACCCAAUGAAAUCAUCAUAGUAGUCUUCGAUAACUGCACUCUGCGUUCUCUGCUGCGGCUCGAGCGCGUGAACAAAGCAGCUAAGGAUUUCGUAAACCUUCUUCACGAUAUUGAACAUGUCAGGGAAACUGCGAAGGGAAUUGUCCAGCGUGCCAAACCUCACUACCGCAAGUUUAUGUUGACAAUCUUAAAGAUCACGACGUACCGUGGAUUAAGAUAUCUCCUGACCAACUUCACCUGUGAGACUUGCGGCCAACCAGGUUCUUUCCGUAUGGUCAAAGUCAAGGUCCUAUGUGAUACAUGUCAAUCCUCGAGGAGGCUAAAUAGCAAUUGACCGGGUUGAGGCAUGAUAUCCAGCCAUGGUUCGUUAACUUUGGAAUGGCAUGUUUAUUACAUGCCCAGGUACCUAUUACAACUAACGUCAACUUAUCAGAUGCUACAACCAACCCAUAAUUUAUAUAACGAUAAACAAAGAAACCUCCGGGAAGGCGGCAAAACCUUGUAUGGACGGAAACCACACGAUAAUGAUCAUGAAUGACGACGAAAAAAAAAAUGAUAUUGAGAGU